AUGGCUAAUCACAAAACAUCUGAACCUCACAUUGCAUUGGAAAUGAAUGAAUCCAAGUUAAAUUAUGAAUUUGACAAUCCGUUGGAUACAAAUAUCGAUCAUCAUGCAACAGAAACAUUUCCUCCAGAAGAUAUUGAUUUCAUUGAUGGUAGAGCACCAAACGUACCCAAAACAAUAUCUGAGGCUGAUGAAGAUGACUUUGAUGAUCGUCCUUUUGCUGUAGGACCCAGAAGUGGUGUUGAUGAUGGACUACUGCCAAAUGGUGGCAGCGGUGGUGGUGGUGAUACGAGCCAUGGUGUGGCCGACAGAAAACCCGAAAGACCUUCAAGACGUCCUAGUUUUAGUUUUCCCGGCUACGAUGGUCCCGGUUUUGUAACAAUCAAUGGUGUGGAUACCCCCAUACCUGAUGUCAAUGCCUAUCAACACAAGAAAACCUUGGCCCAGGGUAUGAUGGAUUUGGCCUUAUUAUCGGCAAAUGCCAAUCAAUUGCGUUAUGUUUUGGAAUCAUAUGGUCGCCAUCCAUAUUAUUAUCCCAGUUUGGUAUUCAUUUCAUUGAGUAUUGUAUUUCAGAUUGCCGUAGGCGUUGGCCUAAUUCUGAAUAGUAAAUACAAUAUUAAAAAUGAGCGGGACAUUUGCCGGGCAAAUAAAAUCAAUAAUUAUACUGUUAUUGGUAUUUUUGUUGUAACGGUGGUAAAUGUUUUCAUAUCGGCCUUUGGUGUUGCAGAACCCGCGGAACGAAGUACUUGA